GCGUCGUUUGCCUCCUCCUGCCCCCCCUUGUUGCUGUGCACAGCGGGAAUGAGAACGUUAGAUUAUAGAUGAGCUGCUGCUGCCUAUAGAAUCGCACAGUUGGCAACUGUGUUCCACAAGUGUUUAAAUCACAGUCCUAUACAAGGCAUCAACCUGCUAUACAUUGCUACGACCUUGGGCGAAAAGACUACCAAGCGUACGCCGUGACGUGAACCUCUCUCUCUCUUGCACAGCCACUUGGAUCUUUACCCCGCUUGGCGCAUAUCGACGAUAUUUCUCAACCUCUCAGGGGACAGCAAGCAGGGAUCAUCUUGUGAUACCCUGGGGUAUCGUAUCGCCGGCGUAUCAACGAUUUGUGUUUGUGCUUGAUCUCCACCACCCUUGCUAGCCCUUCUCGGCAUCCCUGUUGUACUAUCCCUUGGCACAACUGGCUAGCAGUGUCCAUUCAUUCCUUCAACUUUUCGCCAUGCCUGUUCAACAACGAUACACACCUGUCCCGGGGAUGGGUCGUUCCGAUUCUCAAGGAUACUUUGGAGGCAGCAUGUCUCAAUCCGGAUCUCAAGGAGUGACGAUGGGCAAUGGAAGUGGAUACGGCAACCACGAUCCCUUCGAGACGCCUGUCAAUAGUCUCUCUGGACAGUAUCCCACUUCGCCCACCCACAACGGGCCUCUUCCCGCUUCGUCUCGAGGUCCGAGGGACGACUCGGUCCCGCAAUACGAUCCUUCCCUACCCACAAACAGCUAUCGAGGAGGUCCUCCCAGCCCUACAAGCAGGAUGAGGAAUUCUCCAACGACCAAUACGUUCGCUUACGAAAAUGUACCGUCAGAUCAAUACUGGAAGGAAGGCAACGUUGCCCCAGUAGCUGGGUAUUCGACGGAUGUCACGCCUCUGAGGAAGAACAAUCGAUGGUGGAAAUGGGCUAUAGGCGCUCUCUUUGCAGCCAUCAUCGUUGGUGUUGUCGUCGGUGUUGCGAUCACACAGAUCGACAAGAGUCACAAGAGUGGACAAGGAUCCAGUGCGGAUGACUCGAGCUCUAGCAGCUCUAGCGGGAACGCUACCAGUCCCAAUAUGAAUGAUCCAAGCAAUUUCCAAAAAGAUUCGAGACUCCAUCAGUCCUUUUGGGGUUUCGCGUAUUCUCCCAUUGGAACACAACCGCCAUACUGUGGCGCCACGCUGGCAAACGUCACAGAGGACAUUCAAUUGCUCUCGCAACUCACCACACGACUACGAUUGUACGGAGCCAAUUGCAACACCACCGCCCUCGUCCUCCAGGCUAUCCAAGACACCAAGGUCAACAUGACCAUUUGGCCAGCUAUUUACGUUGACUCAAACGAGACAGCGUACGAAGCUCAAGUUCAAGCCAUAUCAUCUGCCUUGACGACGUACGGAGUGGCAAAUGUCGAGGGUGUGACUGUCGGUAAUGAGUACAUUCUCGAUACUGCCGGAUCCAACUCCAAUACCUCUGCCGCCUACGACGCUGCUGUCGAAACCAUUCUCAGCAAGGUCACAGAGGUCAAAGGUGUGCUACAAGGCUUAAAUCUCGGCAAGACUCUUCCCGUUGGAACGAGUGAUGCUGGGAGUCUAAUGUCAACGACUCUCGGUGCGGGUAUCGACUACUUCAUGGCAAACGUGCACCCAUGGUUCGGCUCUGUGCCUAUCGAUCAGGCGGCAGCGUGGACCGGAGAAUUCUUUGACAAUUUUGAUGUGUCUGUCGCAGACAUUUCUUCGGGAACGCCAGAAUCGUACAUUGCCGAGACGGGCUGGCCGACCGCUUCGAUGGAUGCCAAAGAUGCAAAUGACGGUGCUGGUGGCACCGCUGGAGAAGCGAGCGUGGCGAACCUGCAGAUCUUCCUCGACACUUUCGUCUGCGCUGCCAACCAGAAUGGCACAAAGUACUUCUACUUUGAGGCAUUUGAUGAGGAGUGGAAAGCCGCUGUGUACGGUGGGGUCGAGCCAUACUGGGGCAUCUUCGACCAAUAUAGGAAUCUCAAGGAUAUCACGAUCCCUGUCUGUCCACAAUGAGCAAGGGCUUGAUAUGUUUUGUACACCUUGCGCGCGAAGGUGAAGUUCCGCCUAUGAAAGGUUUUCGUACCGUUCUGUGCCCCCCCAUUGAAUGUCUUUUUGUGUCGUAGGAUCUAUCAUGGACAAUGCAGCAUCUAGUGUCAGAGCGAUGCAUAUGG